AUGGCCGGCAUUGUCAACACACCUCUUUCUAUCUUCCGCAGACCAGAGUCCCCUAAGCCUUUACACUCGCGUUGGGGUGAUGUGGCCAUCUCCGUCCCGACGGAGGGCUCAUGGAACCAAUACGAAAACCCUCAUCGGGUUCCCCGGAGACAUGCUUAUGGGCCUGGUUUUGUUCCAGACUGCUCUCCUAUCGACCGGAAACUUCGCCAAGUAAGCGAGGAAGAUGACGAAGAUAACAAAAGCACCUCAACGGGCUCAACUAUACCUCGUCGCAACUCUUUGUCUCUGGGUACACUGUGCCCCAGUCGGCUCUCAGUUCGAUUGGCAUCUCGCCCCAAACAACUGAGAGGGGAAACCCCCAUGGAGCGAGGUAGCCAAACAGAGCAAAAGAAGUCUGAAUUUGCAUAUAAGCCGAUCCAACAGGAUUAUCCGAGUGAAGUCUCUGAGACCUCUAGCCAGAACACUCCACGGUACCGGUAUAUCCCCGCUAGUGCGCGUUACCUGGAUGAUAUUCCCAGCUCUCCUCGAAGCCAAUCAGCAAGGUCCUGUCGCAGCUCUCAAGUUCGACGAGGCUCAUUCUCGGAGUCUCAAGAGAAUGGAGAACACGACCGUGACUAUACUUCGAGAACGCAAGCUCCUUCGCGGGCCAGUUCACGCCAGGAAGAUGACCGACGCAGCCUGCAAUCCAGCUUGGGCGAUAGCUCUGAUGGUGCAGGGUCCCGGCUUAGUUUUGGAUUGCCGCCCAGGCGGAGGACUUCUCCGUUUGUUGCGGCGAAUCGGAAGAGAUCGUCGUCUUUGAAGCCUAUGACUUUGGUGAUGGUUCCUGAUCCUGAGGACCUUUACUAG